AUGGCUACUACAUGGCCGGAGCAGUACACCCUCCCCAAGACUACCAACGUUCCAAACAGUAUCCUGCCAGCUCUAAUCUACCGAAAUGUUCUCCCGGCCUCUAUAAAUUCUGAGCUCGCGAAGCAAUUUUGCGAGAAUAACGACUGGGAAAAAAGAGGCGAGUGGGGAGAGAUAAAGAUACCACAUUUUCAUCCAAAUACUCAUGAAUGUUAUGCCAUAAUUCGAGGAACUUCACGUCUAGCUCUUGGGCGAGCUAAGCAAGACGCGGGAACAGACGGCGUUGAAGUCGAUGUUUCUGCUGGGGAUGUAGUUGUGGUUCCAGCAGGUGUAUCGCACCGAUCAUUAUCCUCCAACGACGGAUAUAGGUACAUUGGCGUAUAUCCUAAGGCAGCUCCGCGAUGGCGAAAUAACCACUGCGAAGGCGACGAAUCUAUGGAAGAAUUGUCUGUCGAGAUUAACAAUGUGGCCAUACCUGAUUCAGAUCCUGUAUUUGGUCUCCACGGCCCAUUGUGUCAGAUCUGGAAGGCAGCUCGAGCUGACAGCAAAAAUUAUUGCGUGAAGGUGUGA